AUGGAUAAGAAUGUCUCCAAAAAGCUAAAAUCCUUUGAAACAGUUAAUUGGUUGAAAAAUCGAUUUAAGAAUUAAGUGAGAGACAAAUAUAUCUUAAAUGAUAAGGAACUCAAAGAACAAAUAAUGAUGAAAGCUGUUUUCAAAUCAAUUGAUAGAGAUAAAUCAAGUUUCAUAUUAUUUUAUUUUAAGAAUUCCUAGAUAGGUAAGAACUUUACGAUAUGUUUAAACGAUAUGGCAUAAAUAUAACCAAGAAUAAACUUAAAGAGUUUUUCAAAAGAAUCGAUUAAGAUGAAGAUGGUAAACACAUCAUUUAUCUCAGACAAACUUAAUUGGAAUGACUUCAAACAAGCCUUACAAAAUUAGGAAGCAUUGUAAAGUAAGAAUUAAUUAUUAAUUUACAGUGUUUGCUGAAUUAAUGAGAAAAAUAAAGGAGUCUUCAGAAAAAAAAGGUAAACUAGACGAAUUAAGUUUCAUUCCUCUGAGUUUUCCAAAUAUGAUCUAAUAUAUGAAUUAUUGCGUAUUGAGAGAAGAACUUAUAUAAAAAAUAAACUCUAACUAAUUGAAUACGUAACAAAAGGUUAAAUAAUGCAAAAAUCUAUUAUCUUUAGAAGAUAUCUGUUACAAUAGAGUGAUUGAACUAAAAGAUGAUGAUGAAGAAGAUUAAGAAGCUGCAUUUAUUAAAUAAGCUAAAAAAUCAAAUGAUCACCAAUAAAUUGCUAUUUUAAAAAGAUUGUAAGAAAAAGAAUAAAUUGAAUUACGUCAAGUAAAUUUGUAUUAUAAUUACUUAGAAUCGAAUUCGAAAAUUAAGUACAUCACAAUAUUAUAAAUCUGAAACUGAACAAACAACACGUUCAAUGAGAAGAAAGAGUAAAUAGCUUAGUGCUGAUUAAAAUUAAUUUGUUUAAUAAGAAUGCAAAUUAAUAGAUUAUUUAGUUUCUGAAAAUUAAAGAGAAUUUCCAGUUCUUUAGAAAGAUGCUUAGUAAAAACAUCAAAUUCAAAUGUUAAUGUCAGAAAGAAUAUUUGAAAGCGAAAAUCCAUAUAAAUACAAUCAUUAAAUCAAUAAAUAUAAAAAUGAUUCCUCUUAAACUGAAAUCCUAAAAGGAUAACAUUUUACCACAUAACAUCUCAUUGUAUAUAAUCAAAAUUAAUUUUACAGAAUCAUAGAACUCCAAUGAAAUUAUCUUAAAGAAAACCUCUACAUACGCCAAAAAGAAUAAGAAUUAUAUCUUAAACAGAGCUAUCCAGAAAUUCACAUAAAACCUGAAAUUGAG